AUGGCACACAAUCAUGACAAGGCGGCACUGACAAGCGAGUCCGAACUCGAAAGUUCGUCGAGCUGCUCCCCUCCACCAUACUCUCCGGGCGCAACACGUCCGCCAUCUGUCCCCCCACAGGAACAGAAUGUUCACGAGACUCCGUCGUCCGGUGUGGUGUCAUCGCCACUUCCGGCCCAGGUACCUUUGCCUGCCUCUCCGUCCCUGGAACCCCUGUCGGCACCUGAUGCGACGAGACCGUCCUUCUCUAGCUCACUUCCUCGGUUGUCGACGUCUCUCGAGGUUCUUCCGGAGGAACAAGACCACGAGGGGCCAUUCGCCCCUCCACCUUUUGCACCCCCUCCAAAAGCGUGCGUACAAGGUCAGACCGUAACCAGCCCAGGUAUCGUCAUUUCUACUCCAGUCGACGCAUAUAAUACAAAGGACGCCGACGAGAGCCCGACACAGACAAUGGUUGAGAGCCCUGUGAGUGGGGUGUUCCCAUCUCAACUGCACCCACACAUGUUGGAUACGUGCGCCGAAGAACCGGACGAUGUCGCAUCUCCUCCGGGAUCACUCCCUACGUCAUUACCUCCGCGUAGACACACGUCAGAUGUCUACGAGCGAGGCAGAAGAGGUAAACGUCAGCAACCCACCAUAACCACGUCGUUUCCCCCGGCCCCAUCUAUGCGUUCACCCUCCCUCUCUCCAACGACGACCGCUCCGGUUUCGAGGUCCCUAUCUCGCCUGGGAAAAGUAUCUUCCUUCACGAACCUACGAAGAUCCGUUUCGACCAGCUUGCGUUCCAUCAGCACCUAUUCCCAUCGUUCUGCCACUCCUUCCAGCAGUGAUGCGGGCGAGGUGAAGUCGAGAACGCCCGUCAGCCCGACGAUGCAUAAUCGCGCGAGCAUAUGGUUUGAAAUGCGUGCUAUCGAGGAUCCGGAGAGUAGGCGAUUGUGCGAGGUGGCGUUCUUGGACUGAUCAACGAUGUUCUCUGGAGCUC